AUUUAAAAAGAUGCAAACCAAAAUAAUUUUGGUUUCAGAAAACCCAAAUAACAAAGGAAAUAGUUACAAACGACCUCUUAGACUUCAUUUUGGUAUUGCUAUUGGCCCGACCGUCCCAAGGAAAGAAAAACUUGGAAAAGGAAGUAUAUAACUAAAUAUUGAAGCAGUUUGAAGAAAAAUGUGGAAAGCCACCGGAAGUUGCCGCGCCGUCGAAAGAUUUCGCCGGGUCGAUUUCCUUUUCCUUUGUAUUACGUUUUAGGGUUACUUUUACUAAAGGUCAAUUCCGACAUUACAUAGGCCAAUUUGUUCAAAAAUCUCGAUCUUGAAAAUUGUCCAAAAGAUUUUUAAUCCUCUUGUCAUAUUCCCAUUACUUUGUACAAUUGUAAGAAGAGCAAAGCAAAAGCACAUAGUCAUGGGUAUGAAGACCGCGUCGCUCUCGGUCAAUAUUCCACCAUAAAUUAUUACUUCACUCCUAAACCUUACUCAAGAAGCUACCCACCCGUACAUAUCAGCUUAUAUAUUUAAAAUCUUAAUGGUCUCAGCAAUCUGCAAAGAUUUCUGAUUCUUGCGAGUAGCAGUUAGAGGAACCCAAAUUCGCAAGUUAUUGUUUUUAUUUAUUUAUUUAAGCUCAGUUUGGAUUUCACUCAUUCUGAAAAGGAUCUAUUUGUUGACAUCAUGACAAAGCUUUUACAAACUAAGACGUUUUCCUAGCCUGCUAACAAGGAUCACAGUCCUUUCCUGUUUACGUGUGAGAGGUGAUAGCAGUCAGAGAAAUAAAUGGGAUCAGAAGAAAGUGAAAAGAUAGUGGUAACUCAAGUAAGCUUUGGCGGAUUUGACAGUGAUGUUAAAGCUAGAGAUCUUAUGAGUUAUCUGGAAUCCGAGAUUGGGCUUGUGGACAGAUGUAGAUUGAAAACUUCUUGGACUCCUCCAGAAUCAUACCCAGAUUUUGAAGUCAGCAAUGUUGCUAAUGUUAUAAAAUCUGAUGAUUACAAGAAGGUGGUGCCUCAUGCAUUUGUGCAUUUUGUCUCACCUGACUCUGCUGCUGAGGCUCUACAUGCUGCAGGUCGUGGCGAGCUUCUUUUUAACGGUAAAUUGUUGAAGGCGAGUUUGGGGCCUGAGAGUCCUUUUCAUAUAAAUCAGAGGCGAAGGACUAAGGUUCCCUUUAAGUUAUCUGAUGUGCAAGUUGAUAUAGGGAACUUAACUUGUCAUGAUGGGUUUUCAGUUGCUUGGAGAGGGCCUUCGAGUGGAAUGGAUUUUCUAGUGGAUCCCUUUGAUGGAACCUGUAAAUUUUGUUUCACGAAGGAUACUGCAUUCUCUUUUAAAGAUAACAACAAGUAUACAGUUUUGAAGUGUGAUUACAAAUUGGAGUUCAUAGUGAGGGACAUUAAUCAGAUCAAAAGAUAUACGGAUACAUCAUGUUAUGUUAUUCUCUUGCAGCUUACAUCAUCACCCUGCAUUUGGUAUAGAACAGCAGAUGAUGAUAUUGCUAAAUCAGUUCCAUAUGAUUUGUUGGAUGAUGAUGAUCCAUGGAUCCGGACAACAGAUUUCACGAUUAGUGGAGCUAUUGGUCGUUGUAAUACUUUCAGAGUUUCAGUCCCACCCCGCUAUGGCAUCAAGCUGAAUAAUGCCAUGAAUUAUCUAAAAGAACAAAGAGUUCACCAGGUCUCCCUCAACCGGCCUCCCAAGAUCCUGAAUGAACCAGAUUAUGGUGUGCAAAUGACCGAUCACUUCUUUUGCAUCUUUUAUAAAGAAGACAUAUCCUUUGAGAUAUUAUUUCUGGUAAAUGCCGUAAUGCACAAAGGGAUAAUCAACCAACACCAAAUGUCUGAUAGAUUUUUUGAUUUGCUAAGAAACCAGCCCAAUGAAGUUAAUUUGGCUGCUUUAAGUCAUAUUCAUUCUUAUAGACGUCCUGUGUUGGAUGCCUGUAAGAAGCUAAAACUUGUACAAGAAUGGUUGUUGAAGAACCCUACGCUUUGGAAAAGAUCUAAAGAGCUGGUAGAUAUCGUUGAAAUCAGGAGAUUAGUAAUAACUCCUUCAAAAGCAUAUUGCUUUCCACCUGAAGUUGAACUGUCCAAUAGGGUUUUGAGAAGAUACAAGGAUGUUGCCGAUAGGUUCCUCAGGGUUACCUUCAUGGAUGAAGGCAUGAAGAAAAUCAAUUCACAUGUUUAUACCUAUUAUGUUGCCCCCAUAGUAAAGGAAAUUACUUCAAGCUCCUUUCCCCAGAAGACCAAAAUAUUUGCAAGGAUGAAACAUAUUCUGAAACAUGGAUUUCACUUGUGUGGUAGGAAAUACUCCUUUUUGGCGUAUUCAUCCAACCAACUGAGGGACCAAUCAGCUUGGUUCUUUGCUGAAUGCAAAAAUAUAAGUGUUGAUGGUAUUUUGGGUUGGAUGGGGAAAUUUACCAAUAAAAAUGUUGCCAAGUGUGCUGCUAGAAUUGGUCAGUGCUUUUCAUCUACUUAUGCAACAAUUGAAGUUCCAAGAAACAUGGUCAAUCACAAUCUUCAGGAUGUUGAGAGGAAUGGAUAUGUUUUCUCUGAUGGGAUUGGAACCAUUACUCCUGAUCUUGCGCAGGAAGUUGCAGACAAACUAAAAAUGGAUGGGAGCCUGCCCUGCGCUUACCAAAUUAGAUAUGCAGGUUACAAAGGUGUUGUUGCCACUUGGCCAUCCAAGGAGGACGGGAUCAGACUUGCUUUAAGGCCAAGCAUGAAUAAAUUUGAAUCAGAUCAUAGAAUCUUGGAGAUCUGUUCAUGGACUAGAUUUCAGCCAGGUUUUCUUAAUAGGCAGAUUAUAACCCUCCUUUCUACACUAAGUGUUCCUGAUGAAAUUUUCUGGAGUAUGCAGGAGACUAUGAUUUCAAAACUGGAUAGAAUGAUCACCGAUACAGAUGUGGCUUUUGAAGUUCUCACUGCAUCCUGUGCCGAGCAAGGAAAUGCAGCGGCAAUUAUGUUGAGUGCUGGUUUUGAACCUCGAACCGAACCUCAUCUAAGGGGCAUGCUAAUGUGUAUAAGAGCAGCACAGCUGUGGGGCCUUCGGGAAAAAGCUAGGAUUUUUGUUACUGAGGGGAGGUGGUGUAUGGGGUGUUUCGACGAGAGCGGCGUGUUACAAGAAGGCCAAUGCUUCAUCCAAGUAUCCACUCCAUUGCUUGAGAAGUGUUUCUCCAAGCAUGGGUCUCUCUUUGCUGAGACAAAGAACAAUCUUACUGUGGUAAGAGGGACUGUAGUCAUAGCGAAAAAUCCGUGCCUUCAUCCAGGAGAUGUGAGAAUUCUCGAAGCAGUUGAUGCUCCCGAGUUGCAUCAUUUGUACGAUUGCCUCGUGUUUCCUCAAAAUGGUGAACGACCCCAUACCAAUGAAGCUUCUGGAAGUGAUUUGGAUGGCGAUCUCUACUUCACUACUUGGGAUGAAAAUCUUAUUCCACCUAGUAAAAAAAGUUGGCCACCUAUGGAGUAUGCUCCAGCGGAUGUAAAGACUCUUCAACGUAAAAUUACUCGAUUGGAUAUAAUGGAGUUCUUUGCGAAAAAUAUGAUCAAUGAGAGUCUGGGGACAAUAUGCAAUGCGCAUGUUGUUCAUGCUGACCGCAGCAAGUAUGGAGCUUUGGAUGAGAACUGUAUUCAAUUAUCUGAAUUAGCUGCCACAGCUGUUGAUUUCCCCAAGACAGGGAAGAUCGUGACCAUGCCUCCCCAUUUAAAACCAAAACUAUAUCCAGAUUUUAUGGGAAAGGAAGCUACUCAAUCAUACAAGUCCACCAAAAUUCUAGGAAAAAUGUACCGCCGAAUUAGAGAUGCGUAUGAUGAUGAUGAUAUGAUCACAUCACGUGAGCUAAAUUUUACUCCUGGCGAUGUCCAUUAUGAUGUAGACCUCGAAGUGGCAGGAGCAGAAGAUUUCAUUGCAGAAGCAUGGAAUCAAAAAUGCUCAUACGAUGGUCAGCUGAGCGGUUUACUGGGACAAUAUAAAGUUAAUAGGGAAGAAGAAAUUGUCACUGGACAUAUUUGGUCCAUGCCAAAGUACGUUAGUAGGAAGCAAGGAGAGCUGAAGGAGAAGCUUAAGCAUUCUUAUAGCACUCUUAAGAAAGAUUUCAGGCAAGUUUUUGAGAAUAUUGGGCCAGAGUUUGAGCAACUCACUUGUGAUGAAAGGAAUGCAUUUUAUGAAAAAAAGGCAUCUGCCUGGUAUCAGGUGGCAUACCAUCCGACUUGGUUGAAGAAAUCAUUGGAGCUGCGAGAACCCGACGCGCCUGAGGCCAUCCCGAUGUUAAGCUUUCCUUGGAUUGCUGCCGAUUAUCUUGCACGAAUCAAAAUCAAAUGCAGGCGGAUGAAAAGUUUUGACCCAACAAAGCCGAUUAACUCUUUGGUGAGUUAUCUCUCUGAACGAAUAUGAACAUCACGAAGGGCUCUCGCACUUUUGUAGCUGAUUUAGAUAAUCUGGCUGCAAGACCACUCUGCCAGUAUAGAACAUGGUUGUAUGUAAACUUGUUGUAGCCUGUCAUGUAGCAGUAGCACUAUCGAGUUGGAUUGUACUAUAAAUUCUGAAGUUGCGUUCCUUGAAACAAUAUUGCCAUUUAUAUUUCUGAAAGUUCAAGAUGUUUGCAGGAAA